UGAUACGUGACGUCUGGGCAUCUGUAUGUCAUACCUGAUCAUAGUUGCACAUUGUAUCUGCAUUGCGAAUAUAUAUAUACAUAUGCGUAUGUAUAUACCAAGGAAAGGGUGACAAAUUACCAUUGCAGUGCACGAAAUAAAAGUUCAGAAGUAAUUAGAAGCAUUGAUCGAAAGUUGACACGUUAACAACGAAAUAAUAUUACUUUGUGCGUUGUGUUGGGUAAUACCAUUUUUUACCCAUCUCCUAUCAAUAGAUUUAACUAAAAGUUUUACGCGUGAUUAUAAAGUGCCCAUCCGUGGGCAAAGAAAAUUGUAAAAAUUGCGUAUAUUUCGCGAGAAGAUAUGCCAGAUAGUGGUGCUGUUUAUCAACCUACAACAGUAGGUUACACAUAUGAUAGCGGAGGUGACGGUGCUGUAGGUGGUGGCAGUUUAAGAAGUGGUUUCUGGAGAAUUAUAUCAAGACAUAAACUCAGCUCUAGAAAAUGGUUCGAAUGGGUAUUACUCUCGGUUGCUUUAUCGUUUUUCAUUGCUGGUUUAACGAUGAUGCUGGUCAGUUUUGUAUCCGAUGACACAUCACAAGAGAAUAAAAUAGAGAUCAUAAGAAAGGUAAACGAGAAUCCAACUACAUCUGCAACAAGUGUUGAAGAACAUAUUGAAGAUGCUGCAAAAAGUUCCAUAGCAUUAGGUGCUAGCAUGAUGUUAGUAGGGCUUCUAUUGGGUUUUGGUUGGGCCUGGCUGCGUUUCUUCCGUCGUGGUAAAUCUCCAAGAGGUGGAAUGGUUGGAAGUAGUGGUCAGAUGUUGGGCGGUUUGAAUCCAUCGACUGACUUGCUGGUGGGUUCCACUUCGCAGUACGGGCCGGUACUAACGGAGCUGCCGAGUCAACUGAAGCUGAAGCAGACAAGUUCGCAUGAUACUCCAGCAAUACCACUUUCCGAUCAGGAAGAAGAAACGCGUACCUUAAUGCAGGAUUCUACAAUUCCUUCGGUUGUCUCCACUGGUCCUAAUACCAUUGCUAAUCAGAUUCCCGGUUGAGUACAAAGGUUAAAUGCGUCGAUGUGUAGUAAGAACACACGAUGCGAACAUUCUUUUAAUUUUAUGUGAACCAACCUGAAUCACAAUUUUUGUCAUUUUUAUGAAUUAUGUGAUUUAUUUACAAAUAGGAGAAUUAUUCUUUCUUUAUCUUUUCUAGUAGUAAUUUUAAUUGAUGACGAUUCAUAUAAAUUUAUUUGAACACUUUUGCCUGACUUCAAAAUGUAAAAAAUUUUAUUUCCGUAAAUUAUCAGCACAGGUCAUAGCGUAACAUAUCAUUUACCAUAUUUUUCUUAAAUUUUACCUUUUAGUUUGUAUCUAUGCAUUCCUCCACUCCGUCCAUUAUCAUUGGUAAUAUGUUAGAUAAGCAUUGAAUCCAGAUAUUACAUAUAGUAAAUUUUAGAAGAAUUUAUUUACAAUGCAAUAUAAGCUAUUUAAAAAAAAUAUUAUUUUGAUUAUUAUUUAAAUACAUAGCAUGUUUAAUAGUAAUACUAAUAUCGGUUGUCUUGAGAUAAUAGUAAUUUAUAUUAGCACAUUAUUGGUCUGAAUUGACCACUUAUGAAUGCAUGUAUAAACAAACGAUAUUUUGUAUUAUUCUGCCCAGUUUAAUAUGAUGGCAGCAUUAAGUGUGACUGACAAUAUUUGUAACAAACUAUUUGCUCAUCUUAUAUGUAUGUAUAUGGGAAAAAAUGAGCUCUAACACAAGGUGGUAUUAGGAAAAUAAAGGUAUGUGUAUAUAUUAGGAUAAAGUACAUAAAGUAUAAUACAAAGUAAUCCCAUCUUUUCAAAAUAAAUUGGUAUGGGUGUGAUAUGGAGCAGUGAAGGGAAA